UCGCUAUCGCGCAAGGAGGUUGGCUGCUUUAAUAAACCAGUUAACGCUCCGCGCGCUCAUACUCAUUCACAUCAUCACGCCCGCGUCUCACCUCUAUCAAACUCUGGAUCUGGCAUUCAAACCCACCCGAGUCCGGUUCGACAGUUAACACGAACGACAACGGCUUUCGGAAUACUGCAGGUGGUGCUGCGUUUAAAGAUGGCAGCUUUCUCCUGGUGCCUGUGCCCAGCUCUCCUACUGGCCACGCUGGCCACCAUUUCACACAGCGCUGAGCCCGGGAACAGGAACGCCAAGAAGGGCGUGGCCCACCCUCCUCCUGACAGAGCCAAUGCCCUGCAGGGCUCGGAGCCGUGGGCGCAGCGCGGCGGUCACCACCGGAGGCAUGGCGGGCGGAAGGACAAAGCCAGCGCUGGCCUGCUCUCCCGGAGGCCCGUGCAGCCAGUGGGGCGCCCAGAGGAUGAUGGGAUAGGGUUGGAGGGCCUGAGCCCAGUGAGGCUGGAGAUGGGUCCCGGGGAGAGGAGGGGAGGCGUGCCUGAGCAGCAGGGUAGCUUUAUGGGGUUUGGGAUCCCGUUCCAUGAGCGGGAUAACCAUGCCCCUGGCAGUGAGGGCACCCUCAAGGGCAGGCGGCACGGACAUCAUUCAGAGCACAAGAAGCACGGCGGCCGCAGGGACAAGGCCCGACACAUUAAAGGGCGACUCCCUGAGCCGGAUCUGAAGUCUGUGCUGAAGGAGGGGGAGUUAAUCAAUAACCAGCCCCCUAGUAAGCCACCAUCAGAGGAAAUCGCUCCACCCACUGCGACGUCCUCCCCCACUGCAGCUGUCAUCAGCUCCAGCAUGUCCACAGUAACCACGGUGAUGAGCGAGGAUCCCCCGGCCCUGCCCUCGGCUUCCACCAAACCCCAGAGGUCACCUCAGGGCCGGGGGAAGGCACAGGGGGAGGUGAUGCCCACACUGGACAUGACACUCUUCGACUGGACAGAUUACGAGGACAUGAAGCCGGCAGACACCUGGCCAUCCUCCAAGAAGAAAGACAAGCGGCGCAGUAAGAACCUGAGCAGUGGGAAUGUGACAGUGGACACAGAGACCCUGGAACCAUGUGACCACCACCUGGACUGCCUCCCUGGAUCCUGUUGUGACCUAAGGCAACAUGAGUGCAAGCCGCACAAUCGCGGCCUCAACAACAAGUGCUACGAUGACUGCAUGUGUGAGGAAGGGUUCCGCUGCUAUGCCAAAUUCCACCGGAACCGGCGUGUGACCCGCAGGAAGGGGCGCUGUGUGGAGCCCGAGUCUGCCAACAGUGACCAGGGGGCAUUCAUCACCAUUUGAGAAAAUCGGGCACGAAACCCAUCAAUUCCCACC